GAGAGUUGAUUGAGUUCAUUCAUCAACUACCUCCUUCCCCAACUCCCUUUCUUCCUCCUGUAAUUCGCCUCCGCCGCCGCUCGAGAUCCACCCAUCCCUUCCACCUCUCGCGUCGGCGUCCUCCUCUGCUGGUACUGGACUGCCGAGGAGCGGAGAUCCAUCCACACGGAAGACGGAACUUGGAUUGAUUUCUUCUCUUGUUGGCGACGCCCAUGGCCACCUUCGAGCUGUACCGGAGGUCCACCAUCGGUAUGUGCCUCACCGAGACGCUCGACGAGAUGGUCUCCAGCGGUACCCUCAGCCCGGAGCUCGCCAUUCAGGUCCUUGUCCAGUUUGACAAGUCUAUGACGGAUGCUUUGGAGAACCAAGUGAAGAGCAAGGUUAACAUUAAGGGCCAUCUGCACACCUACAGGUUCUGCGACAAUGUGUGGACAUUCAUCUUGACAGAUGCACAAUUCAAGAACGAGGAUACCACAGAGCAAGUGGGCAAGGUGAAGAUUGUGGCCUGCGAUUCCAAAUUACUCACCCAAUAGUUUGCUUGCUGCAAGCUCUUGGUGGGGUUAGUAGUCAUCUUCCGCGACACCUGGCUCCCACCCGAACUGGACCACAGCAUUGCUGUUUUCGCAGUCAAUGUGUAUCUAUACAAUCUGCUUUGAUACCUACCAGAGGCAUCACAGCAGCUGCAAACUUGUUUGAGUUGGUAGCGAUUAUGUAACGAUUUCACGCUUGAUGUGUUGAUAAUAUGGUAUAACUAAAUGACUGAAGGAAGAGUAGUCGAACUUGUGCGGAAUCAUCACCCUCACCUCCUGAACCAAUCUUUUUUUUGUUCUGUACAACUCAUAUUAACUCGUCUCUGUAUCAUGCGACUUUCUA